AUGACAACUUUCAACAACUUACCCUCUAUUUUUGUGCCUUUAGUAGGCCUAGUCUUUCCGGCACUUGCAAUGGCUUCUUUAUUUCUUCAUAUUCAAAAAAAUAAGAUUUUUUAG